ACAGGUUCGAAAGUCAACAUGGCAGAGCGCAGGCCCGCGGGUGGAUUCCAGCAGAGAGAGAACCAAGAUGUUACUGCAGCAGCACAAAAUUUAAUUAACAUUCUGACCCAAAGCCUGGGUCAGAUACAGCCAGGUCAGGGUCAGCAGCAGCCUUCUCCUGCUUUUAAUCAACCAGCUCAGGGUCAGCAGCAGCAACAGCCUUCACCUGCUGUUUGUUCAUCAAGAAUAGAUCAAGAUAUGACCAGAGCAUUUCCUGGAAUGUUUAAGAAGAAGAAGAAAACUGCAAACACACCAAUACAAUCUAAAGCAACAGCAUGGAAGCCAUUUACAAUUAAUAUUUGUCUUUUAAACAAAAUCACUGAAACCUCACCCUCUCCUUCCGAUGAACUGGAGUUACUCCAGGCAGGACUGGGAAAACGUACCAUCACAGUUUCGUCGAACAUGAACCAUUCUGAAUUAUGCAAGCUACUUGAAGCUGAAUUUCCCAAAAUGAGAUCACUCGCUGGAGGGUGGCUGCUAUAUAAGGCACCAGGUGGCAGUGGAAGGAGAAGACUUACUGUUGUCCCUCCAGACUCAGAGGGCUACACUGGCAGCCUUAUCAAAAUGGCAACAACCAGUGGAAAAACAGCACUCUACAUGGUCCCUCUUCAAGAUGAGUUGUGUCUUGAUCCACUUCCAUUCUCAGCAGAGGAGUUUGUCAAGAUGCCAAAGGUGGAGUGUCGGACAUGUCAAACAACCAUGCCAUUACCAGUUUUAUACAUGCAUGUCAAGUCCUGUGGUGGCACACAAUCAGCUGAUGAUAAUGAGAUUACUGGUGCUGAUAAUGAUGAUGAUGAUGAAGUAAAAAUUGUUGCUGUGACAGCCAGUACUGAGACCACUGCCACCCCAAACCCUACUUUUAGCCCUACGCCCACCACUCCUCUGCAAACCUGUUCUCCUGCACCCACCACAAGUUAUGAGGAAGAAGGACAGUGUCCCAUAUGUUUAGAAAUAUUUACUCAAAGACAGUUGCUCAUCCAUGCAAGUAUAUGUGGCGAUAGUGUAUUACAGUCAUUUGAUGGGAGUAGUCCAACAUCUGGCUCACCUGAACACCACAACCAAAGCCCAGACAUCCAGUGUCCAGAUGAUGUACUGAAGUUGUUGGCAAGUAGGGUGGAUAACAGCAAAGAUUUCAAGAUCUGUGUGUCUCGCACAGACUUCUUUCAAAGAGCAAUGGUACAGUGGCAGCGGCAAAAGAAGGGGACCCCUGGCAACACUUUGCGUGUAACAUUUUUGGGGGAAGCAGGUGUUGAUUCAGGUGCCAUUAGAAAGGAAUUUCUUACAGAUUUGAUUGGUGAGAUUGAGAAACGCCUCUUUGAGCAUCAAGGACACCAGAGUGGAAAGAGCCCCAUCUACUCCUUAAGUGAUCUGGAAAAGGGAUAUUUCAGGACUGCAGGAGAAGUUUUUACAGUUAGCCUUGCUCAGGGUGGACCAGCCCCCCGUUUCUUGAGACAGUGGUGCUUUGAUUAUCUCUCAGCAGGAGAUCUGGAUGAAGCGAAUCUCACUAAAGAUGAUGUGGAUGAUGCUGAACUUUUUGAAUUGAUUCAAAAGGUGGAAGAAGAGACUGAUCUUUCUGCUUGGACCAAUGAUAUCAUUAGUUGUGGUUAUACUGGUCUGAUUAAACCAGACAACAAAGAGGCUAUAAUAAGAUCUAUUGUACUGCAUGCAACCCUGCGUUUGAUCCCUUUGCUGAAGCAACUCAGAAAAGGUCUUCAAGUGUACAAUUUUGUGGACAUCCUGCAAGACCAUUGUGGAUUGUGUCAACAUUUCUUCGUCCCCACUGCAGUUGACGAUGACAAUGAGGCUGAUGCUGAUUUUAUAAUGCAGAAGAUUCUGCCUAAGCUAUCAGAGAAGGGAACAAUGCGAGAAGCACGUGAAAUGGCUAUUGUCAAUUUCCUUCAGGAUUUCCUUCAGGAAAUUGAAAGUGCUGAUGAUAUCCCUGACGGAGACACCCUGCCCUUAACUGUCCCCCGUGUAAUGCAAUGGCUUACUGGCCAGGGACACAAGCCACUUCUCAUGUCAGAGCGUCAAGAAUUCAAAAUUGCUUUGCAUUUUGAUCAUGAUUGUCAUCAGAGGAUGCCUGCACACCGAAUCUGCUACCCAGUUGUAAGUGCCUGUGCCAGAAAAAUUACUUUUCCUGUAGCACACAUGGACAACUACAGUUCAUUCAAGGAAGUCAUGCUUCAGGCUAUCAACUCUGAUUUUGGAUUUAACAGAGUGUAAAUUUGAGAGUAGCAUAAAAUGCUGUAUUAAAUGUAGUUGCAUUGCUCCAUGUUCAGGGCAUAGAAUACUGCUAUAUGGUAUUACAUGUUCUUAUUGUAAUUCUAACACCAGAAAAUAACAGGCAAAGUGUUUUUUGUUAAUCAAAUUUCAUUUGUUUACUUUUUAUUCUGAUUCCAUAGAAAAUACAUGCUCUGUAUAUACAGUGAUUUUAGAAUCUUGCAAUUAAUAGUUAAAUAUUACUGUUAAUACUUUUGUUUACUGUAGGAAGAAAACCUUCAAAACAAUAUUUUUAGUUUAUCAAAAGUUUCAUUUUGUACUAUAUCUAGUUUUGUUCUGAAUAUGUUGGGAAUACAUUGUAAACAUUUCACUCAUUUAAGAAUGAAGGAUCACAAAAUGUAAUGCUGCUAAAUAUUUGUCCCUGCCAAAGUUUUGAGAUUGUGAGGCUGGGUCAACAACAGCUUGCAGCUGGGCAUUCAGUUCCUCAGUUAAUGUGUAAUCUACUGGAGGAACUACAAUUCCUAUAGAUGGCUGGUCAGGGAUUCUGGUCAUGUCCCAGUCAGAGUCUUCAUCUUGAGAAUUCUGUGAAAAAUAAAAAGUUACAGUUUAUGGA